UUAACGUAAGCACACGUGUGGUAUAUUUGCUGUAUAGUAAAGGUUUGAAAAAGUUAAAGUCGUGUUUGGGAUGAUACAAUAAAAACUCGGGCAAUGAGUCUUGCAUUACAUAAGCGUAUGGCAGACAAAUAAAAAUAAUUACCAAAAAACAAUACUAAACAGCAACAACAAAAAGCCAGACAUUACAAAGUCCACAACUAUUGCAUCAGCAAAUUUCGCACUGGCAGCAGACGGAAAAAAAUACAUCUGAGCCAUUUGUCCAUUUGCAAAGAAAAAAUGAGCUGGGCAACAAAAAAGCAUAGGCAGAACUGUAUAAGCAGUAGCAGCGACGACGCCACUAGCAGCAACAAGAACAACAGCAACAAAAAGUCUGCCCCUAGCAACGAAAAUUUAGCAACGGAACACAUAAUUGCGAACUGCAACGAGUUUCUUUGAUUUGAAAUUUGUGUCAAUUACAAGUUGCAGCUGCUGCUGGCAAUUCAGUCGAGUUGAGCAAAGCUUUAAGCCAAAGAGUGUGUAAAUUAUAAAUUACAUAGAAAAAAUCAUAUACAUAUAUAAAUUAUGUGGCUGCAUAAUUAACAAGUAGUUGCACAAAGUGAGAGCGCACGAGCUGAGAGCAAAGAAAUUAUUAGUAAUAAUAAUACAGAAUAAAAAGAGGAAACAUUUCGCACCUAGCCCAAGCACAUAAAACAUAUACCACAAAAAUGAAUCCGAGCGCACAGGCCGGCAGCAAGAAAUUCAAUGUCUUUGCACAUUUUAAAUACGAGCACUUGGUCGCCGGAGUUUCUGGCGGCGUGGCAUCAACGCUGAUACUGCAUCCGUUGGACUUAAUUAAAAUCCGAUUUGCUGUCAAUGACGGUCGUACGGCCACAGUGCCGCAAUAUCGAGGCUUGAGCGGCGCUUUCGCCACAAUAUUUCGUCAGGAGGGCUUCCGUGGCCUCUACAAGGGUGUGACUCCAAAUGUAUGGGGAUCCGGUUCCUCAUGGGGCCUAUACUUUAUGUUCUACAACACCAUCAAGACAUUUAUUCAGGGCGGAAACACAACCAUGCCACUGGGUCCCACAAUGCAUAUGCUGGCCGCUGCCGAGUCUGGUGCUCUGACGCUAGUGCUUACUAAUCCCAUAUGGGUGGUGAAGACACGGCUGUGCCUGCAAUGCGAUACAGCGGGCAGCAGCAGCGCCGAAUACCGAGGCAUGGUGCAUGCAUUGGCGCAAAUCUACAAGGAGGAGGGCAUGCGUGGACUAUAUAGAGGCUUUGUGCCUGGCAUGCUGGGCGUUUCCCAUGGAGCCAUACAGUUUAUGACGUAUGAGGAGAUGAAAAAUGCCUAUAACGAAUAUCGCAAGCUUCCCAUCGAUACAAAAUUGGCCACAACCGAGUACUUGGCGUUUGCCGCCAUUUCGAAGCUGAUUGCUGCCGCCGCUACAUAUCCAUAUCAGGUGGUGCGCGCACGUCUCCAGGACCAUCACCAUCGCUACAGCGGCACCUGGGACUGCAUCAAACAGACUUGGAGGUACGAGGGCAGAAUUGGUUUCUACAAAGGUCUCCAGGCGAACUUGACGCGUGUGGUGCCCGCUUGCAUGAUUACUUUCCUAGUCUACGAGAAUGUCUCGCAUUUUAUGCUGCGUCGAAAAAAACUAGCUGCUGUUCAAACGACAGCUGAGCAGUCGGAGGAAGAUCACAAAAAUAAAAAUACUAAUCGCUAGAAGGGCUUCAAAAUCGACUCUUCGUGUCUGAUCUUCAAUAUCCACUGAUACCUCUGUUCCAGUCUAUGCUUUAAGAGUAAACUUGUAUAAACAGUCCACUGAUAUGCACAACAUUGAGCGCUUAUGCCUGGCUAUUUUGUAAGAUAAUGUAGUUCCUAUUAUUACGUUUACGGUUUGAUCUUCCGGAAGGAUCAAGUUGAGGCUGUUUCGAACAGACCAAAUCCGUUAUGUUAACUAUUAUUGUUGGGUAGUUUUCGAUGCAAUCCCUAAGCACUGUCAGUUUGGCAUCACUUUUGCAGUUAACCUAUUUUUUAAAAUAACUUUAAGCUGGACUUUAACAAGUUAUAAAUUAUGUAUAGACCGCGUAGUUUUAUAUAUUUUGUAAAUUGUACAUAUGUAUUAAAAAUAUCACAAAGCUAUCGUAA